UAUGUAAAGUUAAUAUCCUAGUUAAUACCCUUAAUUUGAUGAUUUAGAGGAAAUACGAUAAUUCAUUACUAGUAAAACAAAUGCUGUUGAUUUCAGUCUUCAAUUGCCACCCUACCUUUCAUCUUUUUUUUAACCAUUGAGAAAGCAAAUUUUUUAAAAUUAUUUAGUAUAUUAUGAUUUAAAAAUAUUAGGCUGGGAAAGUAAGUGAUCCAAAUUAGAGAAAGUAAGCAAUCUACAAAUUCAUUUAAUUAGUCGAUAUAGAAAUAUUGAGUUUAUUUUCUGAAUAGAUCAUUAAACCAUAUUAAAAUUUGAUAUUAGUCAGACAUUAUGGGAUUCCUUAAGAUUUGGAUGUUGAGAAAUUGAAAUUGGAUAAUAAGACAAUGGGAGCCUUAAAUGAUUUGGCUAGUUCUAUAGCAUAGUGGAAUCUUUAAAUUGAAAUAGCUGUAGAUAAUAUUGCAAGAGUUCAGUUGUAUGAUCUUUGGAUUCCAUCAGGAAAGAUAAAAGAGGCUUAAUUGACAGCUGAAAUAAAGGGUAUUCUCUCUCCAAAUGAUGAUUUUGAUAUUAAGGUACAAUAAAUAAAUGAGAUUAGACAUAUUCAAAACAUAUAUUAAUAAGAUUAUUAGCUUAAGGAGCAGAGAAGUUUGGAAAGUAUUUAUAUUCAAAUGGUUUAUCUGAAUCAAAUUUAUCAUNGGAUAUAUAUUAUAUAAUUACCAAUUUUCUUUUUUAUUUUAAAAUAUAUAUAAAGGAAAAUCAUUAAUUUUAUUAUUUAGAAAUAAGUCAUAGAUAAUAAUAUAUUUAUGAAAUAAAAUUUGUAAUAAUUAUAUGUUUAAGUUAUAAAUUUGUUAAAUAAAUAUUUUAAUUAAUUUAAUCAUAUGAUUUUAAUUGA